AUGAAACAUGGUUUGGCAGCGUUCAACUCCGAUCAACAUAAUCGUUACAGUACUACAGCAAGUAUUUUGAGCAAGCAAGACAGAGAGUUAGAUGAGCAGCUUAAUGUAUUUCAACAACGACUGGUCGAGUUUGCCAAGGUUCACAAUAAAGAGCUGAGAGAGAGCCCAGAAUUCAGAAUGAAGUUCAUCAGGAUGUGCGCAUCAAUAGGCGUUGAUCCGAUAUCUUUGUUUGACAAAGAACGCCAUCUCUUCGAUGUGAACGACUUCUUUUAUGAGAUCUGUGUCAAGAUCAUAGAGAUUUGCCGUAAAACCAAGAACCUAAAUGGCGGGGUUAUUUCGUUUGAUGAGUUACACAAAGGCUAUUUUGAGCAAUUCAAAGUGCAACUGAACGAUCUUCAAAAAGCGGUAGAGAUGUUAGAAACCCUUGACGGUGGGUUUGAAGUUUUUUGUAUUAGAGGCAAAAAGUUUCUAAGAAGCGUUCCUAACGAGCUAACAAACGACCAGGCAAGGAUUUUGGAGGUUUGUUCUAUCCUCGGGUACGCCAGUAUAUCAUUACUGCGGCUCAAUCUCGAGUGGGAACCUGUUCGAAGCGACGCCAUCUUGAAAGAGAUGGUCGCAAAUGGGUUAUUGUGGAUUGACAGUCAAGCUCAAGGUGAAACAUUAUACUGGGACCCUGCUUGGAUUGUUCGCUCUAACUUCGCUUGA